AUGAAUUUAGAUGAAUUGACAAGUACAGCUAUGAGUCCAAUGAAGCAGGCUUUCAGGUCACUUGAGACUCCACUAAAAUAUCUACAGCCUGGUUCUGAACUCUUGGUAUCUCAUGGUUCAAAGCAUGUAGCUAUGGCGGUUCGCUUACUUCAGGAUAAUCGUGUGAUAGCUCUGCCUACAGAUACAAUAUAUGGUUUUGCAGGUCUGGCACAAAGUAAUGAAUCUAUAAAAAGACUGUACAACAUCAAACAGCGAGAUGUUCGUAAGCCUUUGGCGAUCUGUGUUGGUGAAAUUGCGGACGUUAAGACAUGGGGUAUUGUUGAAUCGUUGCCAGAGGGACUGUUGGAUUUAUUGUUACCUGGACCAGUGACACUAGUGUUGAAGCGUACACCUAAACUGAAUCCACUCUUCAAUCCUAAUGUACAAAAUAUUGGAAUCAGGAUUCCAAAUGCACAAUUUAUCAGAGAUAUUGCUAAAAAAUUAAAAGAGCCAUUGGCUUUAACAAGUGCAAACGAGAGCAAUAAGCCAAGCACCCUAGACCCUACAGAAUUUUCUUCACUCUGGCCACAGUUGGGGGCAGUUUUUUAUUCCGAACAAAAGGUUACAGAUCAUGAAUUGGCCAGAGCUGGUUCAACUGUAGUUGAUUUAUCCCAUCCUGGAAAAUAUUCAAUAAUUCGUACCGGAAGCGCGGAAUUAGAAACUAUUCAAAUCCUGAAGAAGUUUCAACUCCUUGAAUACGAUUAUAAGCAUCAGCGAGAAUAAGCUGUACACAAACCUCAGUCAUAACUGGUAUAGUUGGACACUACGCGAUAUAAUUUAGCUUUGGGUACAUGCUAAAUAUUAAACUAAAUUACUUCAGAAUAAUGUUGUGUUCUUCUGAAACCAAUGUUAUAAUAAAUUGUUUAGAUUCAAAAUCAUUUUUGUUCGUGUUUGCGGUAAUGUUAUACAUAACAUGUGAAAUACAUUGUGAAUGAAAA